UUUUAACAAAAUUUUUAAAUAAUAUGUACAAUGUCAACAGGAAGGUAUUCAAAGACAAUUUUACCGUUAUUAAUUAUAGGAGGAACAACCGCAAUUAUUAGUGGUGGUAUAGCUAUAUUAUAUUCCGUUCAACGUAAUUUAAUUUAUACUCCUAAUUAUCCUGAAGGCUCAAGAAAGCAUGUACCUAAACCUUCUGAAUAUGGUAUACCUUAUACACCUGUCAUUUUAACUACACAAGAUAACGUUAAAAUUCGAAUUUAUGUUUGUAAAAGACAUACCGAUGAUGAAGCAAGUUCUCGUCCUACCGUUUUAGUGUUUCAUGGAAAUGGAGGGAAUAUGGGUCAUCGAUUACCCAUAGCUGAAAGAUUUUUCAAGGAUUUUAAGUGUAAUGUUGUAAUGGUUUCUUACAGAGGAUAUGGCCGCAGCGAAGGAACACCUACAGAGAAUGGUCUUUGUUUAGACGCUAAGGCUGUUUUAGAAUAUAUUAGACAAGAUGAGAUUCUAAGAUAUACAAAAUUAAUAGUAUAUGGACAAGCACUUGGUGGAGCUGUAGCAAUUGAUUUGAUAGCAAAAAAUGAAGCAAAAAUUGAUAUAUUAAUAUUAGAAAAUACCUUUCUCAAUAUUCCAAAGAUCCUUCCAAAAAUAUUUCCAAAUUUUAAUUUUCUCUGUUCAGAAAUUUGGCCAUCUGAACAAAAUAUAAAAAAAAUUAAAACGAUUCCAAUAUUAUUUUUAUCGGGUAAAAAAGAUGAAAUUAUACCACAAUACCAUAUGAAAACAUUAUUUGAAUUAGCUCGAACUAGUAGUGGUAAAGAAUGGAUCGAAUUUAGUGAUGGUAGUCAUUUAGACACAGUUUUACAACCAAAUUAUUUUCAAUAUGUUGGUCAAUUUCUUCAAAAACAUAUUAUUGGUUGGAAAGUUUGGUAAUAUGAGUUUUAAUAAAUUUGAGUCGACGCUUAUUGGUCCAUGUCGUAGAAAUCGAAUGAAUAUCUCUGUCGAUCGUGUCGAUCGUGGACACGUUUUUUGUUUGUUAUCUA